AUGGCUCUUGCGCUCGGGAAGCUGAGCAUCGUCGUCGGUGCAGGAAUUUUGCUUGCUAAAGAAGGGGGCUUACCAGACGUCUCGAACUUGGUCUCGGGUGCUUUUAAGAUUGUAUUUAGGCAACUCAAACAAGACGAACCUGCCAAAUCAGCGAGUAAACCCCACAAUGAUGCACUUCAGGCCCAGGUUAACAGUCUUAGGCAUGAAUUGCAGUUGCUGGGAUCAAACAGACCUAUCACUAUUGUUACGCCAUCAGAAUCAGGUGGUAGAAAGUAUGGUUUUAUCAUUAUAGUUGGAGUGUUGGGCUACGGAUAUGUAUGGUGGAAGGGCUGGAAACUUCCAGAUUUUAUGUUUGCGACAAGGCGCAGCUUGUCAGAUGCAUGUAAUAAUGUUGGCAACCAGAUCGACGGUUUUUACUCAUCGCUCUCGGGUACAAAACGGGAGAUAAGUUCAAAAAUUGACAGCAUGGGUCAUACUUUGGAUGCAAAUACAGAAAUUAUUCAACAAACAGGACGAGAAGUGGCUGAACUACAGGAUUGUACAUCAAAUAUGAAGGUUGACGUUAGGUCUGUUUUCGAUGCUGUUGAAACUCUGGCAAGCAAAGUCUGUCGCAUUGAGGCGAAUCAGGAUAUCACGCUUAAAGGACUUGGGGCGCUGAAUGCUCAGUGUCAGGAGAACCGAAGAAUUCAAGAGUCCAAUCAGGCCUUGCCAUCAACUUCAUCAAUGCUAACCCUUGAGCAAGCUCCUAUGACUCCAUCGUCAAGGACUCUGUCUUUGCCUCCUGUACCUCCUUGUGAAUCCCCGUCGCCAUCAACCCCUAAUGGUGCUCAACAGAAACUGAAUAUCGCUGUACUGAGUAUCAACAUUUCAUUUGGACGUGCACUUCAGCAUACUCAAUCUCUGUCUGGUUUGAAGGACAUAAGUGAAAGCUCUAGCAACCGUGAGACUUCAUCAAAUGGAACAUAUACUGGGGAAGCCCUGGGAAACGGUGCAUCAGGCUCAAGGUCGGGCGUGCUUGGUAGGUUCUCAAUACCAAGAAUAGUGAGGACAAUUAGUGCGGUCAACACAGUGCCUACUAACUGA